CGUAAGACAUUUAGAUAAUAAUAAAAGAAAUACUUCAUUUCUGUAGGUUACUCCUGCGAUUGACUUUGCAAUUUUUUUGGGGAAGGAGUGAAAAAUUGUAUUUGUAUACAUUUAUAAUAUUAUGUAAUGGUAUCUUAAAGUAUGUCACUCCCAGCUAAGAUAACAUUGGCUACAUCUUGUGUAGUGUCUGCAGGAAUCAUAGCGUAUGUCCACUUUAAACAGCAGCUUGACAGAGUUAAGCUGCAUGAAGGAGUUGUUAGAGAUGUGGAAAGACGCCAAAGAAGGAAAGCUGAAAACAUCUAUGUGUUGGAGCAACAAAAGGAUUUGACAAAAAAGUACCAAGCAUUAGAAGAAUCACAACAUUAGCUAUUUUAUGGUACAUAUAUUUUUGUAUUAAGUAUAUAGAAUUUUUGCAAUUGUUAAGUUUUGAAUUAAUAUUAAAAAAUUAUUUCCAAAAAGUGAA